AUGCCGAUCGACCUAAACAGGCUUAGAACAGAGCGUGGUGGAGACCCUAAUGAAGUCAGAAAUUCCCAAAUUGCUCGCUUCAAAGAUGCAGGAUUGGUUGAUCGCGUUAUUGAGCUUGACCAAGAGUGGCGUCGUGCUAGAUUCAACCUUGAGCAGCUCAACAAAGAAUUCGGCCAGCUUAACAAAGCAGUCGCUGAGCGUAAAAAGGCAAACAAAGAAGACCCAUGCACUGAAGAAAACGCCAAAAAAGAAGAGCUUGACAAAUUAAUAGAAGAAGCCAAAGUCAAAGACCAAGAACUCUUAAACGCUGUUAAUGAAGCCAACAACCUAAUCGGAAACAUUAUCCACCCAAGUGUCCCUAUUAGUGAGACUGAAGACGACAACAGAGUUGAAAGAACCUGGGGAGAACCUAACGCUAUGGUCAUUGACAACACCCCUGGACACUAUUUCCAUCAUGCUGUGCUAUCUAGACUUGAUGGCUACGACUCAGAAAGGGGUGUCAAAUUAGUAGGGCAUAGAGGGUACUUAUUAAAAGGAAAUGGACUACUAUUGAACCAAGCUUUAAUUAACUAUGGCUUGAACUUCUUAACACAAAGACAAUACACCCUGAUACAGCCACCUUUCUUUAUGAACAGAAGCAUGAUGGCUCGUACAGCUGAACUGGCAGACUUCCAUGACCAGCUCUAUAAGGUGACUGGGGAAGAAGGAGAAGAAGGCUUCUACUUGAUCGCGACAUCAGAGCAGCCUAUAUCUUGCAUGCAUCAUAAAGAGUGGCUACCAGAAAAAAGCCUUCCUUUGAGGUACGGUGGGUACUCAUCUUGCUUCAGAAGAGAAGCGGGAGCUCAUGGAAAAGACACUUGGGGUAUUUUCAGAAUCCAUCAAUUCGAAAAAGUUGAACAGUUCUGCAUCACAACUCCAGAAAAGUCUUGGGAAAUGCACGAAGAAAUGAUCGCCACCUGCGAAGAGUUUUACAGAAGCCUUAACCUGCCUUACAGAGUCAUUGCAAUCGUUUCCAAAGAACUUAACUUGGCUGCUGCCAAGAAGUACGACUUAGAAGCUUGGUUCCCUGGCUACAAAACUUACAGAGAGCUUGUGUCUUGUUCCAACUGUACCGAUUAUCAAUCCAGAGCAGUUGAAGUCAGAUGUGGAGCCAAGAAACAAAACGAGACUGAAAAGCGCUACGUCCACAUGCUUAAUGCUACUCUUUGUGCUACUGAAAGAACCUUAUGUUGCAUCCUUGAAAAUUACCAAACUGCUGACGGCCUAGUCGUUCCUGAAGUACUUAGACCUUACAUAGGCGGAAGAGAGUUUCUUCCUUGGGUAAGAGAGCUUACAAAAGAGGAACUUAAGAAAUUUUAA